AUGCCGGAACCAAAGAAGAUAAUCAUAGACACCGAUCCUGGCAUUGAUGAUGCCAUGGCAAUAUUUCUGGCAUUAAGGUCACCAGAAAUCACAGUGGUUGGGCUUACGACUAUUUAUGGCAACGUUUACACCACACUUGCCACUAGAAAUGCAUUGCAUUUGUUGGAGGUUGCUGGGAGAACAGAUAUCCCUGUUGCAGAAGGAUCUCAUGUCAGUUAUAUGAAAGCCACAAAGCUUCGAGUUGCAGACUUUGUCCAUGGAGUAGAUGGACUUGGAAACCAGAACUUUCCUCAGCCAAAGUCAAAGCCAAUAGAAAAGUCAGCUGCAGAAUAUUUGGUGGAGCAGGCUAAUCUUUACCCUGGAGAAAUCACUGUGGUGGCAUUGGGCCCCCUUACCAAUAUUGCAUUGGCGAUUCAACUGGACCCCACAUUCACCAAAAAAAUUGGACAAAUUGUUCUUCUUGGUGGUGCUUUUGCAGUAAAUGGGAAUGUGAAUCCAGCUUCUGAGGCUAAUAUUUUUGGUGAUCCAGAAGCUGCUGAUAUUGUGUUUACUAGUGGAGCUGAUGUUGUGGCUGUUGGAAUCAAUGUUACUCAUCAAGUUAUUAUGAAAGAUAGUGAGCUUGACAACAUGGCAGAAUCAGAAGGAAAAUUUGCCAAGUAUUUAUCCAAGAUCCUGGAUUAUUACUUCUCUUAUCAUCGUGAUGCAUACAGCAUGAAAGGUGUUUACCUUCAUGAUCCUACAGCACUUCUUGCAGCUGUUAAUCCUUCACUGAUGACAUACACAGAAGGUGUUGUCAGAGUCCAAACAACUGGCAUCACAAGGGGUCUAACCUUGUUUUUCAACAAACAGAAAAGGUUUAAUGAAGCGACUGAAUGGAACAACAAACCGACAGUGAAAGUGGCAGUGACAGUUGAUGCUCCUGCAGUUGUGAAAUUAGUAAUGGAUCGCCUCAUGAAUUCAUAACCUCCAUUCAUUUUUUUUAAAGUUGUUGACAUAUUGUCUAAUAAAAACAUUUCUAUUUCAAUUCAUAUGAAUUAUUUGUCCCUAACCGUUUUUCAUUUCAGUAUUAUUGUUAUAUGUUUAUGUAAGU